UGGUACACAUUUUUCAAUCAUCGCUAUAUCGCAACUUUUUUGUUAUAUUAAAUUUAUUAUUUUACUCCUAGUUACGAUAUCUCUUGGAAUCUAUUACUUACAAUACACCAGUCACAGCUGAAAGGAUUCCGCUUUGUAAACACAUACCAACACACUUUUUCCUCUAAUUUCCCUUUAAUUAUACUUCUUUUUUCUUGAAUUAAUGUUUGAUACUGUCUGAAUUAAAAAAUCUACCAGGGGGACGGUUUUAGCUAAUUAAGCCCAUGAUACGUGAUCACUUUUUCAAUGAAAUUUACAAAACCUUCCCUUAGGCCUGGUGUUAGCUUCGUCUUAUAUUUUGCCAUAAUUUUAUCUUUUCUUUCCUACACAUACUGUUUUUCGCGUAAAUUUGCCACUAAAUCACUUUUUAACCCAAAUUUAAGUAUCCCAUUUUCAGUUCCAAGCCCUUUAUCGCACUUUAAUAAAGAGGGAAAUGGAAGAAAGGUAUCGGACUCGUCUAGUUUGCACAGUUUUGGCUCAGGAUCGUCCCCCAACGAGCUUAGAGUCGGAGAGAUUGUGCACGGAACACCCAUCAAGAGGAACCCAGAUGGAACAACUCUAGUAGAUGUAGGCCUCCCCCAGCCUCUAAUCGCAGCGAAGUCAACUCUAUAUUUCAUGAAUGACGAUGAACAUUAUAGACUAAACUCUCUCCUGUCUGCCAGGGAAGCUGAAAAUCCUCAGUUUAACAGACGUCAGAAGAUGAUUUAUGACACCAUUCACACUUCUAAGAAGUUCCCUGAAAGGAAGAGGCAAACGUAUUUUAGGCCAAAUUAUCCUUAUCCUUACGAUUACUUAAAUUCGAUGAGGAAGAAGGAGAGGUAUAUUCCAUUUGAUAUCGGUAUAGGGGCUGAGAUUAGGCCCCAGGAUUACUCAGUACCUUCAGAGCCUAAGACGCCCAAGUACCUGAGGAAUCGGGACUCUAUGGAAUUUGUAGUAACUGACAUCAACCCGUACUCAAAGUACAUUUAUGGCGAGUUUUUCUCAGUUAACAUUGUGGAAACUAAGAGGAAAACAUACUCCCUGAUGUACCUAGACUCGCUUAACAGUAAGUACCACUACACACCCUAUGAGGCUAUUGUGACUGAGAUCAUGGAUGAUGUUCUCAAGGUCAGUCUCACAAAUUGUAGACGCAGUGAAAUGUACGGAGUUAACGCAUACACUGUAUCAACUGGUAAUGACAAAGUUGGUGAUAGAAUACAGGUGUAUCUGGCUGGAAGCGAGAUUGUACCUGAGCAAGUAUAUCUGUUUAGAAAUCAAAUAACCCAUGCAAUUCUUCGAAAAGAGAAUUUGCAGAGGUUGAUUGAUUCGAUAAUACGUUAUUAUGCAAAGACUGGGAAAUGGUUUAAGGCGGAAGUUGAUAAGGUUUUCCGGGAUUUUCUAACAUUUAGACUUAAAGGAGAGUAUAAAGAUACGUAUUUGGCCUACAUUACUAAGGAUCACUUGCCCUAUAAUUACCCAGAGGACCUUGUCAAUGAGAGCUUUAUCAACAGCAAUAGCCCUCACCGCUACUUUACACUGAGAGACUCAGAAAUCAGUAUGGGAAAGCUUAAUCACAUAUAUCACUAUGAUCAUUCGAUGUAUGUUAGGGCUUGUGAAUUGAGUAAUAGGAGAGUUGAGCAACCAAUUUCAAAAGUUGAUCCAAUUUCCAAGUUACUCAUUUUCACAACCACCAAAAACCACUAUAAACCAUCGCCAACUAUGGAAAAGUACUUCCUUCAAAUGAUAAGACAGGAUGUGGAUAAGUAUGAGAUAAAAACGGGUAUUUCAUACCCUUGUAUAGUAAUAGGAAAUGAUGGAGGGAUGAUAUAUUUCGCUAUAAAUAACAAGUUUAAGCCUAAUUUUACACUAAAUGAUGAUUAUCUCAUUGGAGUAAUGGAAGCAGGCCAAUAUUCCACUAACAUACCAAUAGGCACAAUAUUACACGCGAAAGUGGGAAAAAUUCAACCUUAUAAAUUGGAAGGUCACUAUGCUGUGGAAAACAGGAAUAGAGAUUUAAAAUAUGUUACAAUGCCAAUUACGGAGUGGAUAAAUAACCUUACCGAACACGAACUCAUAAAACACAAAAUAAACCCGAACAAUAUGGAACUAAAGAUAUUGGUGAUGAGUACCUUUAUUUACCCUUCAAGUGACUCUCCUCAGAUGAACGAGUUUUUAACGUUGCAGCCAGCUUUUAUAGAUGCCAAUCUCACAGAUAUCCUCGAGGUUGAAGAUGUCGCAGACGCCGUGAUAAACUCAAAUGUCAGACGGGAUCCGUCUCACGAAAGCUUAUCUGAAGAAGAAAAUACCAAAGCAAAAGACGUGGAUCCGAACCGCGAGCUUGGAAAUGUUCUACUGAGAGAUGAAGAAUCACUGAUUCCCUUAGAUUACUUCACCAACAACGCAGAUAUCAGGGACAUAUUUAUAAAGGAGAACUUGGAUCCUGAGAAGUACGUGAAGUUUUUAAGGAAUAUCAACGCCGCAUACCACGACCCGAAGUGUUUAUUCCUUGAGUUCUUUAUAAGCUCUACAAACCAGCCCUUCUUUAAGUUCUUAGAAAGGCUGCUGAGUCCACUUGAGAGGAGAAAGAUUACGUUAAAAGAAGCGUUAGAAUUUGAGAGGAGUAUUUUGAGGCUUUUGUCCAAAAGCCACACCUUAUACUUGGAAAGAAUAUAUGACAUGCUGCCAAAGGAAACAAUUAUGUACUCGAGCAUAGUGCCAAACUCAUAUGAUUACACGUUCUACACUAUGGAUGAGUUAUUUAAAUAUUACGACGCUGUGAGCCAUGAUUAUGUCAUGGAUAGAUCAGUAAACAAGUCGAUUAUAAGACUGUUAAAGAUUUUAACGAAUCCAAACUUCUCAUUCAUGUCUCUGCUCAGAGAGAGACAUAGGAAGAUGGACAAUGACGUGUUUUUCUACUCAUCAAAGGUGUUGCACUAUGACUCACUUAUGAGCUUAAACAGACCUAAGAUUUCAAGAAACCAGAAUGAUACUGAAAUACCAUACGCAACUGAAGAGGAGGAAUCACAUUCAAUUCCAAUGGCACCCUACGCCGAAAUUGUUAAAACCCCAAGAAUUUUCGUCAAUGAAUUAGAAAUAUACGGACUCUCAAUGAUUCGAAAAAUGUAUUCUGAACUUCUCAGAAUUAAUGACCCUUUUAAGACUAAGUUAGUGAGGCCAGCCCACGUGGAUGAAACUGUUGAGGAUAUGGAUUUUGGCCCUCAUGACCUGAAAGAUUUUAAUGAUUCAGAUCUAAAGAAAAUAUUUGAUGAUGUGGACAUAAAUGAAUACGCCCUGAAUAAACUCGACGGAUCAAAGACGAGCUUAAAGGAACUUUCCAAAUCGUGGAAAAGGCUUAACAGGUAUCCAGAGGACGUUUCACUACAGGAUUUGAGGGAAUACUUGGAAGACAUGCAAAAGGUGAACAGAGUUCACGGAAUCAAGCUACCAAUAAUUUAGCUUUUCCUCGAAGAAUUUUCUCACUUAAUUUCAUUCUUCUUUCA